AUGGGGGAAGAAGUGAAGAUGAGCGAAUACAAUGGGGGGCACGACGGCAGCGGCGGAGACGACGAUCGAGUGUUGGAGUGGGAGGCCGGAUUGCCGAGCGAGGGCGAUCUGACUCCGUUGUCGCAGCCGCUGAUACCGCCUGAGCUCGCGUCGGCGUUCAGCAUAUCGCCGGAGCCCAGCCGGAGCAUGAUGGAUGUGAAUCGGGCGUCGCACAACACGCUUUCGAAUAUCCGAGGGCAGUUUCAGGCGUUGUCAUCGUCGGAUAAUUUCAAUUUUAAGUCGUUUAAUGAAGAGAGGGGGAAGGAUGGAUUGGUCGUAGAAGGGGACGACGCGGAUCUGACUAGGGACGGGUCGGACUCGAGAAAUAAGGGGAGGAGGAUUGAUAGUGGUACCGAGGAGGCGGACUCUGCUAUGCGAACGGAGAACGGAAACGACGAUCCUUCAGCGAGGACGCUGAAGAGGCCGCGAUUGGUCUGGACGCCUCAGCUGCACAAGCGGUUUGUGGAUGUUGUUGCGUAUUUGGGGAUUAAAAACGCGGUGCCGAAGACGAUUAUGCAGUUGAUGAACGUCGAAGGCUUGACGCGCGAGAACGUGGCGAGUCACCUGCAGAAGUAUCGACUGUACUUGAAAAGGAUGCAGGGGUUGUCGAAUGAGGGUCCGUCGUCUUCGGAUCAUCUCUUCGCGUCUACCCCUGUGCCGCAGAGCCUACAUGAGUCCGGAGGGAGUGUACACGGGCAUGGGAACGGACACGUGCAGAUGCCGAUUCCAAUUCCUUACCCGCCGCAGAUGAUGCAUAUGCCAGUUAUGGGUAUGCCUCAUGGCCAGGGCAAUAUGAGCAUGCCUAUUGGUAACCCUGCUCCUCCUGGUGCUUUUUAUGGAUUCGAGUCGCAUCCCUACAGUAUGGUGCAGCAGAGAGACUGGUCUGGGAACAAGUCCGGCUCGGUUGCCUCUUAUCAACAUAUUACUCCUAACGAUAAAUAA